AUGCUCGGCGUCCUGCUCCUUUUUCUGAUGCCGUUGUCGGCAACGGGAACGGCACAGCUCUGCGGCAGCAACUACACCACCAACAGCACCUACCAGUCGAACCUCGCCGUCCUUGCCGCCACCCUCCCCACUAAUGCCUCCUCUUCCCUUCAGCAAUUUGCCGCCGCCACCGUUGGCCAAGCACCUGAUGCGGUGCACGCGCUCGCGCUCUGCCGCGGCGACUUCGCCAACGACACGGCAUGUGCGGACUGUGUUGCCGCCUCAUUCCAACGCGCACAGCAGACGUGCCCCAACGAUGAGGCCGCCACCGUCUACUACGACUACGACGACGUAAACAAUCAGAGGCCAGGCUGCGUCCUCGGCUUCUCUGGCGACAGCGAUUUCCUCAGCCCAGCGGCCGGUCUCACUGAGAACGGCACGCUCUUCGAGGCAUGGAAUCCGGGGAACAUCUCCGCGGACGCCACCAUCACCGCCGCAGACGUCCACAAGCUGCUUACUGUGACAGCUCAGGACUCGGCCGCCGACACGGCGAGGCGGUACUCCACAGCGGUCAUGGAUGCCGUGCCAACGCUCUACUCCCUCGCACAGUGCACGCCGGACCUGUCCGCCGGUGACUGCCUGGUGUGCCUCCAGCGGCUCAUCGGCAUGGUCAACGCCACCACGUCCGUGCGCCAGGGAGGACGGAUCUUCGUCCUGCGCUGCAACAUCAGGUUCGAGACGUUUAUGUUCUUCGACCAACCUAUGCGGCGGAUCAAUCCAUCCUCCAUCACUCAGGCUCUUCCAACAGGCAAAAAUACAGGAAUCAAACCUUGGAUAAUUGCAAUAUGUGUGUCUUCUGCUGUGGCACUAGCUGCUUUCUGCUUCAUGGUUUAUUGUCGUUGCCUCAGAGGAAGGAUCAGAAAACGUGGAUUGCGAGAAAGGCGCACUAAUAAGUUGCACGUAGGGGAUCAUGAACUAGUAUGGGAUAUGGAAACAGGAAUGUUAUCAGGGUUUUCGUUUUUUGAGUUUGAUCAGAUACAGGAGGCCACGGGUAACUUUUCUGAAGAAAAUAAACUUGGAGAAGGCGGAUUUGGCCCUGUAUACAAGGGACAUCUUCUUCAGGGAAUGGAGAUAGCAGUUAAGAGGCUUGCUUCACAUUCAGGACAAGGUUUGGUGGAGUUCAAAAAUGAAGUUCAGCUCAUAGCCAAGCUUCAACAUAGGAAUUUGGUGAGACUGCUGGGAUGUUGCUCUCAAGGAGAGGAAAAGAUACUGGUCUAUGAAUACAUGCCGAACAAAAGCUUGGACUUCUUCAUAUUUGAUGAACGCAGAAAAGCUUUAAUGGAUUGGAACAGACGUCUAUCAAUAAUUGAAGGAAUAGCAGAAGGCCUUCUUUAUCUACAUAAGCACUCUCGUCUGCGUGUUAUACAUCGAGAUCUUAAGCCAAGCAACAUUCUCUUGGACAAUGAAAUGAAUCCUAAAAUUUCGGAUUUUGGACUAGCAAAAAUAUUCAGCCCAAAUAACACCGAGGAAAACAGUACGAGAAGAGUAGUUGGUACAUAUGGUUACAUGGCUCCCGAGUAUGCUUCUGAAGGCCUAUUCUCUAUCAAAUCCGAUGUAUUCAGCUUUGGUGUUUUAGUUCUCGAGAUCCUUAGCGGGAAAAGGAAUUCUGGUAGCCAUCAAUGUGGUGAUUUCAUCAAUCUCCUCGGAUAUGCUUGGCAGUUAUGGGAAGACAGAAGAUGGAUUGAUAUUGUUGAUGCAUCACUUAAUUCAUUUCUUCCAAAGACUCACCCAACAGAAAUUAUGAGGUGCAUUAACAUUGCACUACUAUGUGUACAAGAGAAUGCAGUAGAUCGACCAAACAUGUUGGAUGUUACCGCAAUGCUAAGCAGCAAGACAAUGAUCCUACGUGAGCCUAAGCACCCACCGUAUUUCAAUCUAAGGGUAGGCAAUGAAGAGGAUACUUCUGCUACACAAUCGUGCAGUAUCAAUGGUGUUACGCUAUCUAUAGCAACUGCUCGAUAG